AGAAACACGGAACUAAUUUUGAGGAAUUCAAACGAACGUCACCCACCACCCGGGAAUUGCAACAUACAAGUGAACCGCGUCAUUUGACUGAUAAUGAUAAGAAUGCGUAAGAAGAAACGACGAGCGACGAAUAUCAGUGUGUGGCGGACAUUUGGUCGAGUAACGUAAGUCAUUGCGCUAAGAAAAAACAAAUGUUCCGUAAAAAUAGCUGUAUCGUCACGCGCUUGAGAUUUUUGUCAAGAAAAUAUCACAAUGAGGCGUCGAUUAUUGGCAGCGAACAAGACACCAGUUCCCCGGUGUAUCAGGAAAACUACAGCCAGAUGAAAAUCCUUGUUGAUCAGCUGCGGGCCACUGUAGAAAAAGUAGUUCAAGGCGGAGGCGAAAAGGCAAGAUCCCGUCAUGUUAAGCUUGGGAAAUUGUUGCCGAGGGAAAGGAUCGACACUCUCCUCGAUAAGGAUUCCGCAUUUCUAGAACUAUCCCAGCUGGCCGGUUAUCAAAUGUAUGGAAAAGACGAAGUCCCAGCGGGUGGACUUAUCACAGGAAUUGGAAAAAUAGAAGGACGAAACUGUGUUAUAAUUGCGAAUGAUGCGACGGUCAAGGGUGGUUCAUACUAUCCGAUAACUGUGAAGAAGCAUUUGCGUGCCCAGGAAAUAGCACAAGACAACGAGUUGCCAUGUAUCUACUUGGUGGACAGUGGAGGGGCGAACUUGCCGCAUCAGGCGGAGGUAUUUCCAGACAGGGAUCACUUUGGUAGAUUCUUUUACAACCAAGCUAACAUGAGCGCUCGUGGUAUAGCUCAAAUCGCAGUUGUAAUGGGAAGCUGCACUGCCGGGGGAGCCUACAUCCCUGCCAUGUCCGAUGAGAAUAUAAUCAGCAAAAAUGGCACUAUUUUCUUGGCAGGACCUCCACUCGUCAAAGCCUCAACUGGGGAAGACGUUACCGCAGAAAAUCUGGGAGGAGCAGAUCUGCACUGUCGAACUUCUGGGGUUACUGACCACUAUGCAAUUGACGAUCCUCACGCUUUGUACUUGGCUCGACGCAUGGUGAAGAAUUUGAAUCGUCAAAAAUGUUCAACUAUCCCGAUUGAGAAGGAUACUUCCGCACCUCUUUACCCAGCUGAGGAAAUCUAUGGUAUCGUUGGAGCUAAUUUGAAGCGACCUUACGACGUUAGGGAAGUUAUAGCGCGGAUAGUUGAUGGCUCAGAGUUUGACGAAUUCAAGGAACAGUAUGGAGAAACUUUGGUCACCGGGUUUGCCAGACUGCAUGGCUGCCCAAUAGGAAUUGUUGCUAACAAUGGUAUACUGUUCUCUGAAAGCGCACUUAAAGGUGCUCAUUUUGUGCAGCUGUGCGCGCAGAGAAAGAUACCCCUGAUAUUUCUCCAGAAUAUUACUGGUUUUAUGGUCGGAAAAGACGCCGAAUCCGGCGGCAUAGCCAAAAACGGUGCGAAAAUGGUAACUGCAGUGGCAUGUGCUCAAGUUCCCAAGAUCACCUUGAUCAUAGGAGGAUCGUACGGUGCUGGAAAUUAUGGUAUGUGCGGUCGGGCUUUUGCUCCAAGGUUUAUGUACUCCUGGCCUAAUGCUAGGAUAUCUGUAAUGGGCGGAGAACAGGCAGCUGGAGUUUUGGUUCAAAUUACAAAAAAUCAGCGAGCUCGAGAGGGAAAGCAAUGGACCCAAGAGGAGGAAGAUAAGUUAAAGAAUCCGAUAAUUGAACAGUUUGAGGCUGAAGGCAAUCCCUACUAUUCCAGCGCCAGACUCUGGGAUGACGGAGUGAUUGAUCCAGUUGAUACUCGCGCGGUACUGGCAUUGAGUUUGGCAGCAGCAUUAAAUACGCCAAUUUUAGACAGCACCUUCGGCGUUUUCCGAAUGUAAAUCGACGCGGAACGAUGUACUUACUGUCAAUUAUUUUAAUUGUAAAAAGUUUUUUUAUACGUUUAUAACAUGUAUGGAUCUAUAGCCUUCGACAGGAAUCAUGUAACAUAGACAUAUUUUUCCAAAGAAUCGGCAGUUGGGGUAAGGAAA